AGCGCAGAUCGGUUAAUGUUUUCGAGCCGAAGCAUGGAAAGCAUUGCAGUGCUUUGAAAUCAGCCUUCGAGGUGGCGGAGUAAGAUGCAGUGUUGACAACGACUCUGUGGGCUGGUAGAGAAUCAUCGGAAUCAUGAAGUCGUCAAUAAGCGCAGCCAGCGUGCUGGUAAGAGCCGUGCGAGCGUCACCGAGGACGAGCUUGUGGCACCGUUGUGUACCGUUACCAUCAUGCCAGACACCUCGCGGCAUACGGACCGAAAGCAGACGUACUGCGCAAGUAGCAACGGCUCCCGCGCCUGAACAGGAUCUUCCGCCAUUGUCAAACCCGCAGCUGGCCUUCCCAUGCCUGGACAACGUGGAGCAGCGGACAGAGAGGCUCAGCAGGCGGUCUAUGUCCGGACCCGAACCCUCGUAUACGACUGGCAAGCAUGAGACGUUCCACUCGGACGAGCCCAUACUAUUAGACUGGGGAGGAGUGUUACCGAGCUUCGACAUAGCGUACGAGACAUGGGGUACGCUGAAUGCAGACCAGAGCAAUGCGAUCCUUCUGCAUACGGGUCUCUCAGCGAGUAGUCAUGCACACAGUACGGCAGCGAACCCCAAGGCAGGCUGGUGGGAGAGGUUCAUUGGACCUGGCGCACCGCUAGAUACGGACAAGUACUUUGUCAUUUGCACGAACGUUCUCGGAGGCUGCUACGGUAGCACAGGCCCAAGCAGCAUUGAUCCGGUCAGCCAGCAGCCGUAUGCGACCCGCUUCCCCAUCCUGACGAUGCACGACAUGGUGCGAGCGCAGUUUAGACUGCUAGACAGUCUGAACAUCCGCAAGCUUUACGCUAGUGUUGGGUGCAGUAUGGGUGGCAUGCAGUCGCUCGCAGCAGGCAUACUGGAGAACGAUCGUGUCGGACGCGUUGCCUCAGUAUCGGGCUGCGCGCGAAGCCAUCCUUACAGUAUCGCCAUGCGCCAUACGCAGCGUCAAGUCCUCAUGAGCGAUCCGGCUUGGGCACAAACCCGCGGUAACUACUACAACACAGUUCCUCCGCACCAGGGCAUGAAGCUUGCACGUCAAAUAGCGACAGUCACCUAUCGCUCAGGACCGGAGUGGGAGAAGCGGUUCGGCAGACAACGUGCGGAUUCUAGCAAACCGCCCGCCCUAUGUCCAGACUUUCUGAUAGAAACGUACCUUGACCAUGCUGGCGAGAAGUGGUGCCUCGAGUACGAUGCAAACAGUCUGCUCUAUGUUAGCAAGGCUAUGGAUCUGUUCGAUCUCGGCAAACAAACGCAGGAAGCCACCGCCAAGCGUAGGCAGGACAAUGCCGGCAGACUUCAGGGUAUCAUGAGUCAGCAGAAACCGAAUGAUGUGUGCAGUCUGGCUCUGCCGGAGGAGCCAUACGAGGAGACAGAAUCAUCAGCCGAUAUCAUGGCCUCUGAAACGCCGUCUUCAGCGCAUCUUAAAUCUGCAGACAACGAUCUGGUCCGCGGCAUGGCGCCUCUGCGCGACACGCCAACGCUAGUCUUGGGUGUCGCAUCGGACAUCCUCUUCCCGGCUUUCCAACAGCGAGAGAUUGCUGAGACGUUACGGAAGGUGGGCAAUCGCAGUGUGACGCAUAUCGAGCUCGGCGAAGACAAAUCGAUGUUUGGUCACGAUACCUUCUUGCUGGAUCUGGAAGGCGUGGGUGGUGAAAUCAGACGAUUCCUAGGAUGACACCGGAUCUGAAGAUCAUGCUCAACAUCUAGCAAGCACUGCUAAGGCACCAUGCGUUGUCAAUGUGUCAAGCGGGGCGCUGAUAGGAACACAAUAGUCUACAUACUCUCCGCGGACUACCAUAUCUUCAGCACCGUCUCUGCAAUACUUGUGGGGAUCCCCGCGAUAUCGCUUUCUUCGAGAUGCUGUUACCCCUGCAAGACGUCACACGGCGGUGAACAGUCGCCUCCCAGCCUCUUCAUCAUUGUACUCGGCUAGCGGGCCCAGUAAGGCGCCAGGAGAUCUGUGACGCCAUCAGAUCAAGGACGAGGUGCUGGCAGCGCCCAAAGAGGUUGAGCUCAGCAGGCAGACGCCACGGGCGACGGAAAACAAGCAGAUUGAGGUGGGGGUGUGGCCGUUGGGAAAGAGCGCGAGUGAGCAAGCGCU